GUUACCAUUCGACUUGAACUGUUCGAUAGCCGCAGAUCUAAGCACCAAACAACAAUCACCAUGAAAUUCCUGAUUGUCUUCGUCGCCCUCUUCGCCGUGGCUCUGGCUGCUCCUGCCGCUGAGGAACCCACAAUCGUGCGCUCUGAAUCCGACGUUGGACCCGAAAGCUUCAAAUACGACUGGGAAACCUCCGAUGGACAGGCUGCUCAAGCUGUAGGUCAGCUGAACGACAUUGGAACUGAGAACGAGGCUAUCUCUGUGAGUGGAUCCUACCGCUUCAUUGCUGAUGAUGGCCAGACCUACCAAGUCAACUACAUCGCCGAUAAGAACGGAUUCCAGCCCGAGGGUGCUCAUCUGCCCGUUGCCCCCGUGGCAUAAGUGAAGUUGCUUUCACUGUAAGCAGCUUUAAACCCACCAAUUCUGCAACACUCUUUGUUAUCUUCCCCAACACUUACCUACUUUCGGUUUUCCCUUUUAAAAGGGAAAGAAUCCUAAGUUACAGAACGCAGUUUGUUGAAUAUUAAAAAAUGUAGAUUUUAUAUG